AUGACUGAUACCAAUAACCUCAAGUCAAGCCAUUUGGCUAUUGUCCUAGGGAUUGGUCUCGGUGUGGUGUUGUUGAUUGUUUCGAGCUUGGCUUUGACAGUCAUCAUCAACCGACGCGACCGCCAAACAUUCCUCAGUCCGAAAAUAAAUGCCGAUGAGCGAUUGGCGAAGCUGGAUGUUGUGUCACCCGUCCGAGAGUUAGGACAGUGGUGGGCCGAGACAAAAGGCAAUAUGGGUCUUUCAGAGGCAGUAGAUGGCCAAUUUAUCUGCGCCGUCUGCCUGGAACAAGUGGAUCGCUCAGAGGAAAUUCGCGAGCUGAAAUGCUUGCAUGUCUUUCACAGGGAGUGCUUGGAGAAAUGGUUCUUGGGUGAUCACUUCAAUUGCCCGUUAUGUCACUCGGCGUAUUUUGUGGCGGAGACGCCCCAUCGAAGUGUCUAUGCUUGGAUGGUAUAA